UCGGAAAAGUUCCUUCAUCCUUGGAAUAGAAUUCUUUGAUAAAUUCCAUAAUCCCAAUCCCGUAGUAUGCCAUUAAUGUUGUGACGUGUAAUAUUUUUCUAACCACAUAAAUUAUCAUAUUAUUAGAAUCGACGAGAUUGGCUGGAUACAGUGUACUCUUUAGGAAAAUAUCAUGAUGCAAGAUGAGGACUUGGGUGGAACACCGAGGCGGAACAUUUUUAGUCAAGGACUAAUGAGAUUAUCACAGGUAUAUCAGGGUUAUUUGGAUGUGUGGACUCCUCACGCUAUCUCAAGAUGGAUAUUUGCUGCAUUUCUUUUAGCCAUAUUUAUAUUACGGAUUUUAUUAACACAGGGAUGGUACAUCGUUACAUAUGCCCUGGGAAUUUACCACCUCAAUCUGUUCAUCGCAUUCCUCACACCAAAAAUUGAUCCUGCGAUGGACUUCGAUGAUGGCGAUGGUCCUGAACUCCCCACGAGAUCGAACGAAGAAUUUAGGCCAUUCAUAAGGCGGUUACCAGAAUUUAAAUUCUGGUAUUCAGUGACCAAAUCUACGAUUUUUGGAAUGGUGUGCACUUUAUUCGAUUGCUUUAAUAUUCCAGUAUUCUGGCCAAUCCUUGUUAUGUACUUCAUAACACUCUUCUGCAUCACUAUGAAACGUCAAAUAAAGCACAUGGUGAAGUACCGAUACCUGCCGUUUACACAUGGGAAACCAAAGUACCAAAACCACGAAGAUACUUCGAGAUUAAUACAUCCGAAAUGAGUAGCAGCCACCAGUGAUGGAUGAGUGUAUAAAGAUAAUGCGUAAAUGUGCGUAGUUCUUAAAUUCUUCAAAAAUCCCGUGCAAAAGCCCAAGAACUUUGGUAAUGAAUAAUUAAUUUUUUUUAUUAUACCGUCAUCUAGAAAACAAUUGAUAUAAUUUAAAUAUGAAGGAUACAAAGCAGGAGUUAAAACUCCUGGGUAUAAUGUUAACUGGUAUAUGAAAUAGAAUGUAUUAAUAUAUUUGUAACAUAAACUUGUACAACCUAUUGUUAGGGUCUUAAAUUGUUUCUGGACACAGUAAAAAUAUUAUUAACUUCA